AUGUCCGUCAAGUACGUCCUCAUCCCCGCCGCUGACGACAGCGCCAUCACCGAGCUCGAGCUUGCGAUCCCGCCCACCCUCGAGGAGAACAUCGGCGCGCUGACCAAGGCGCUGAACGACUACUACCGCAGACAGACGGGCGAGCUCUCCGACGCGCAGCGCGAUGCGCUCGUCUCGUCCGUGCGACAGCAGGUGGCGGAGAAGAACAAGGACUCCGCGCCGCCCGACGAGCGGAUGCUCUCGCAGGUGGCACUCUCCCAGACGUGCGACAUCCUGCAGCUGCUGCCGCCCACCCCCAAGAGCAGCUGGGUGGGCGUCUCGAUGUACGUCGACGACAAGGGCGCCGAGAGAGUAGCGUCCUGCCUCCGUCUCGGGAAGCUGUCCCGGGAGCCGCCUCGGAAGCGUGCUCUCGUAGGCGUCGCAAAGCAGCUGCCGCCGAACCGGCGCGCGAGCGAGGUGUGCCGCCAGUGCGGCCUCUCGGUCGAGGUGCUCGGGGACGCCUUCGUCGCGCGCGCGUGGGACGACCAGGAGGGCUACGAGCGGCAGCACUUCGACGCGGCGCAGCAGCCGCGUCGGGCGGCGCAGCUCGCCUCGGACAGCGAGUGGAUGAGCGCGGCGCGCGAGGCCAACGCGGGGCGCGGCACGCCCGGCGAGGCGCAGCAGAGGCUCGCGGAGGCGCCGUUUCCGAGAAGCUUCCGAGAGCCCGCCGAGAGCCGCGCGUGGCGUGGCAAGGGCACGGCAAGCUUCAAGGGGGGGGACGUCGCCGCCGCCGCCGCCGCAUACGCAGAGGCGCUCUCGCUGCUGCAGCCCGCCCCGGCCGUGCUCGACGCGGCGGCGGCGGAUCGUGUCGACGCGCUGAGGCUGCCCUGCCUGCUCAACCUGGCGGCGUGCCGCUUGCGCGAGGCGAGGCCGUUCGAGGCCAUCUCCGCCUGCGACGCCGCCGUCGGCAUCGACGCCGGCUCGGCGAAGGCGUGGUACCGCCGCGGCCAGGCGCGCGCCGCUCUCGGCCAGAGGCGAGAUGCGCCGAGGCGCGGGGUCGAGCCCGAGGCGUGCAAGUUGGCGCCCUCUUCAAGGGAGAUCCGCGACGAGUACGAGAAGGUGAAAGAGGCGGCGGCGAAGCAGGCCUCCGCCCGUCCGAUGGCCUUGUAG